CUCUGCUUCUCUCAGUCCGCUCUCCUGCAGGCCCGACCUCGGCUUCUGCCCGGCCAGACACCCAGACAUACCCCAUCGACUCCCGGGACACAUAAGGGGGAGAGAGAUUUGCUGGGACACGACGAGAGAGAGCGAAAAUACCCUGAACAUUUGCUGGGAGAAAAAUUGCAGCAUCUCACAUAUUCUCCCAUUUGUAGAUACUUUUUUUGUUUUUAUCCCCAUUAAUCUUUUUUAUACGGAGGAAAAACAAACUUUGUACUCUAUGGAAAGAUGUAAAAACCAGCCCGGAUACUAAACUCGGACACAAACUGCGCCCUUCUGAGCCAAGCAGCGGGCUGGGCACACACAACGGGACCGUUAGGUUUUUUAGCUAGCUAGCAGGGACCGGGACCACUUUGUGGAUAAAGAUUAAAAAAAAAUAUUUUCCUCUCAGAAAGCCGCAUUUUUCACUUCACUGCGGGGGAAACACCAAAGAUGCUGUCGGAGCUGAGUGAGUGGUUCUGGCAGGAGCGGCUGUGGUUUCCAGAGGGCCUGGGCUGGGCUGACCUGGAGGAUCGGGAUGGACGAGUUUAUGCCAAAGCCCAUGACCUGUGGGUGGCGCUGCCCAUCGCCCUCGUAUUCCUCAUUAUUCGUCAGAUUUUUGAGAGGACGGUGGCUACACCCUUGGCCUCUCUACUCGGGGUGAAAGAGACGGUACGGCUCAAAGUCCCUCACAACACCACACUGGAGUCCUACUACUGUAACAUUACCAAAAACCCCACACAGAGUUCAAUAGCAAGCCUUUGCAAGCAGACUGGCUACUCAGAAAGACAAGUGCAGCGAUGGUUCAGGAGACGGAGGAAUCAGGACAGACCGAGUUUGCUCAAAAAAUUUCGAGAAGCCAGUUGGAGAUUUACCUUUUACCUUCUUGCUUUCAUUGCUGGCCUGGCCGCCCUCAUCGAUAAACCUUGGCUGUAUGACCUGAAAGAGAUGUGGCAAGGCUUUCCUGUGCUGACUCUCCUGCCAUCUCAGUAUUGGUACUACAUGAUUGAGCUGGGCUUCUAUGGCUCUCUGCUCUUCAGUGUGGCUUCUGAUGUCAAACGCAAAGACUUCAAGGAGCAGAUUGUCCACCAUGUAGCGACAAUCCUCCUCAUCAGCUUCUCCUGGUGUGUUAACUACAUCCGAGCUGGAACCCUCAUCAUGCUAGUGCAUGACUCCUCUGAUUACCUCCUUGAGUCUGCAAAGAUGUUCAACUAUGCUGGGUGGCGAAAUGCCUGUAACUACAUCUUCAUUGUAUUUGCUGCAAUCUUCAUCAUCACUCGUCUAGUCAUCUUCCCCUUCUGGAUUAUUUACUGUACGUGGGUUUACCCAGUGACUGUCUAUGAACCCUUCUUUGGCUACUACUUCUUCAAUGGACUUUUGAUGAUUCUGCAGUGUCUACAUAUCUUCUGGGCUGUCCUCAUCAUACGCAUAGCAGUCCGCUUCCUUACCAACAAUGAAAAAGUCGAUGAUGAAAGGAGUGACAAAGAUGAAACAGAUGAAUCAGAAGAAGAGGAGGAAAGAGAGGCGGAAGAUAAGAAGGACAUGAAGAAAAAUGGACCGGUUCAGAACGGUCACACAGUCCACAACAACAACCACAGCAAGACAGAGUGAAAGCAAACAAGUGUGAGGACGUAGGAAUGUGAGAAGGACUCGUAUCCCUCAGUAGGGGAGCAAGAGGGAGGAAUGAAAAGAGAGAGCAAGAAGAAGGGAGGGGGCAAGUCAUUCCCUAAAACCAAGAACAGCAGGUAUCCUGAGGAAAUUUGACAGUUACUUUUGCACGCCACAAAAACACACUCACACAUGUUCAUUCGUACUUUUACAGGGCACAGACAUCCAGCAGGUGAUAUACACUACAUUAAGUGGCAGAGCUUUUGUGCUUUGUCAUCAGAAAAAAAUGUAUCAUUGUCAGUGUGAGGUGUCAGUACCAAAAUUUCAAAGAGACAGGGGAGAAAAUGGAGAGGAAUAAAGUGUGGAGAGGACACUGGAGGGGGCGGAUGCUGCUUCUACUUUAGCUUUCUUGUUCUAACUGUGUGCCUUAGAGCCAGCUAAUUGCUGUCAAAAUGCCAUUUUAUAGCUUUUAUGCUUUUUGCUAUCUUUUGUUGCUUCAUUUCAUUGUACCUUUUUGUUUUCUAGCAAAAGAACAAAAGAGUGAAUGUUUUAUGAAAGUGAAACAAUAGGGCAUUCAUUUCCCUAAUUUUUGUCUAUGCAAGUACAUGAGUGUUUGUUCAGCUAUUGCAAUGUCUUUGCACAAACAUACACUGUCUCGUAUAUGAUGUUAUAAUUUGCAGUAGGACUUUGUGCCUCUGCUCUCCAGUGCGGCCUGUGCCAUUUAUAAAGUAGUCUGCCUUAUAAGGUUUAAGGAAUACAUGUGGUUUCAGAUUUUUAGAUAAACAGCAAGAAAAUGUUGCUUUCUUAUUUUAAUUCCAGUUCACUUUUAAUUACAGCAAAUCUCCAUUUCCUCCUUCCAAAAGAGAUGUCUGACCUGCAAAUGUUACCAUUCUCAAUUCUUUUCUGUCUGAGCAGUCAGUCAUACCCAGAUAUGAGUGUUCAGCACAAGCACUGCAAUAGAAAUCACAGCUUCCUGCUAGUUUUGAUGGAGCUGAAUGUUUUUUUUCCUCUCUGGUUUGGCUGAAGCAGUUUGAUCCAGUUGAAUCUUGAAUCACACUGAUAAUGGCAUCCAUUGAAAAGCGAUGAAGCUCCAUAAAAUCAUUGUGAAGGUAGGUUGCUCUGUUGAAAUGAAGGAGUUUUAUUAAGGCGAAUGCAAUAGGACAGGAUAACCAUUUCUAGAUUCAACAAAUCUCGGCCAGAUUACUCCAGUUCACUGCCUUGUAGCCUGGGUUAUAUUAUUAACCUUGGUGAGAAUAUAAGUGUUGAUCUAAGUGAAUGAUUUUAGGUAUGAUUCUGUGUAUGAAACGGGUUUACAGAUAUGUUUUUUUUUUUUUUUUUUAAAGAAAUCUGCUUU